GUUUAAAUUCCCGUUCAAAUCGACAUCAAGCAUGAACAAGUGAUGGAAUGGAUAUUAAGCGAUCUUGACGAUGUUCUGAGGAUUUUAGUCGACAGAACUUAAUUUGACAAAACAUGUAUGUGGAAGUGACGUCAUCACGAUCCUCUACUUCCUCCAUUCCACCAUAUCCAGGAUACGACAUAGACGAUUCCUACCGGGAACCAGUGUUUGUACCACGAGUCCGGCCGGAGGGAGAGUCUAACUACAACCGCAAUCGGGGGUCCGUCGGAAAAUGGGCCUUUGGAUGUUUUACGGAGCGACGGACUCCACGUCCUGUUCCACGGUGCCCAACAGACCCCUGUAAAGCGAAUUACCAGCACGGUAAAAAUGGGACUAUCAAACCUCUGCUAAAUGGCAAAGCCACCCCAAGACCAGAAACAGCGCCACCUAGAAUAAAGUCGGAGGCUGAGCCCAUCGCAUCCAUCAGCAGAGGAAAGCGCAUGAAAAGAAUCAUUCAUAAGUAUGCACAGUCUACCCCCACGCCGCGCGUACCGAGGGUGAAGCCAGAGGCUGAAGAAAUAGUCGUGCCACAUAAAGGAGGGCGGAUGGAAAAGCUCGUUCAUAGUUAUGGAAAAUUGCCAUUAUCAGACAGAGGAGUUCCGAGGGUGAAACCAGAGGGUGAAAGUAACGCUCAUCUCGACAAAGGGAAACGUAUGAAAACUAUUAUCCACAGUCCUAAAAAGCAGACAGCACCAGUCUCUGCGAGAGCAGUCCCCAGGGUAAAACCCGAAGGUGAAGAUAAUGCCGAUCUCGACAAAGGCAAGAGAAUGGGUAACUUAAUGCAUAAAUAUGCACGUAUGCCUGAGUCUUCUAGAGCAGUUCCCAGGGUAAAACCGGAAGGAGAUCCGAAUUACACUUUAGAUCUCGGCGGAAGGAUGAGUAGACUCAUGCACGAGCCUCCUAGUUCACGUGUUUUCUCAAGCGCAGUACCACGAGUUCGAUAUCCUGAAGCGCAAAAAAUAUUACGAAAGAGUCGAGGACAAAUGGGACGAAUUUUGCGUCAUGUUGGCCGAAAAUCUGUUGUUCCGGUACCCGGGUACCAGUCACGCCAGUUUGAACGCUGUCCGACAAUGUAGUCACGUGAUCAUGAGGAAAUCACGCGGAAAUGGCAUUAUAUUACCACCACUUAAAUAUGCCUGGAUUUGUUCUGAGGAAAAGAACAUGAAUAUACUUAAAACAAAGUACGACGAUCAGAUUUAAUGUCGAAAAUGUCAGUAGACAGGUAUUAGUAAAUCGCCAUUAGACAGGUAUUAGUUUUUUCCCGCUGUUUGCUGGAGUUCAUAAAGGCUACUCCAUAUCAGCCUUCGAAAUCAGUAUUAAAACGCUUGGUGCUUGUAUAUAUUAUCUACUUCUUAAUUUAUCUACAUGUUUUAUACACUUAUUUAUAAAUAGUAAUUACUGCACUUU